GUCUUCGUUUUCCUUUUACUUCCUUCCUUCUUGACUAGAUUUAGUACAUCGCGACCAUCUACCUCAGUCCUAAUAUACAAACAGCUUCCUCUGUUUGUCUCUUCAUCUACAACUCUUCCAUUAGCGUUAUUGUACAGAUCUUAUUUCUAUAAUACCCCUCAUCCUACGAUAGACUUUUGAGUUUAGAAAUUAGAAAACAAACAAAAUGGCCUCCCUUCCAAAGACCAUGAAGGCUCUCCGAUAUGAGAAGCCAGAAGUAUGGGGUAUCGUCGAGGUUCCUCUACCCACAUUACGUCCCGGUGACGUCCUAAUCAAGGUCAAGGCCUGCGGUGUUUGCGGUACUGAUUUGCACAUCCACGAGGGAGAAUUCAUUGCCAAGUUCCCUCUAAUUCCCGGCCACGAGACAGUCGGCGAGGUUGUCGCAAUUGCCGACGAUGUUAAGGAAUUCAAGGUCGGAGACCGUGUUGCUGCGGAUAACUCGGAGCUCUGCGGUCACUGCUUCUACUGCCGAAGAGGCCAAGAUCUUCUCUGUGAGGACUUCAAGUCCCACGGUGUCCUGGGAUUAGACGGUGGUUUCGCCGAAUACACCUCUUACCCCCAAGGUAAACUCUUCAAAAUCCACAACCUCAGCGACGUCGAUGCCACCUUAAUCGAACCCGCCUCCUGCGCCAUGCACGGUCUGGAGAAGAUUGCCCCGAAGCCUGGAUCCCAUGCCUUGUUGAUCGGAGCUGGUCCUACCGGUCUCAUGAUGGCUCAAUUCUUACGACAGAAUGGUGUUUCGCAAUUAACUAUUGCUGCCCCCGAAGGUUCCAAGAUGGAAUUAGCCAAGAGUCUCGAUGCUGCCGAUUUCUAUGUUCCUCUAUCCAGAUCAAACUCCGCGCCCCAAUGGGAACAAAUCAAGAAGGACAACCCAUAUGGCUUCGACAUUGUUGUGGAAGCCAGCGGUAGCUCCAAGGUUCUCGAGGAUGCUAUCCACUAUGUUCGCCGAGGAGGCAAGCUUGUCUGCUACGGCGUCUACCCCAGCGCCGCUCGCGUCUCUUGGCCCCCAUCCAAGAUCUUCGGUGAUGAAAUCACCAUCAUCGGCUCCUUCUCCGAGACCUACAUGUUCCCAGCCACUGUUGACUACUUAGAUAGCGGCAAGGUCAAGACCAAGGGUAUCGUCAACAAGACCUUCAAGCUUGAGCAGUGGGGCGAAGCUCUGGAGAGCAUCCGAAACAAGUCUGCCAUUAAGGCUGCCAUCGUUUUCGACUAAUUUGGGGAGUUGGGUAGGAUAGAAGCGAAAGGAAAAGAUCCAUCUAUUACAUGAUUAAUGCUACCAAUUACCUAGACAGCCGAGUUAGUUAAAAACCGUAGUUAAAAUAACCUUUUAUUCUGAAUGAACAAAAUCUCCGAUUCGUUACA